ACCCAUUCAUAAAUAAGACAUUGCGAAAGGAUGAAGCGCAUUUACAACGGAUGAUUUUAAUGUAGAUAUGUGUUGUUAGAUCCUCUUUACGCUCGAAUGCAACGGAAUCGUGGCGGCAAUAUAUCAUAAGUCAGCGAAAUUCACUCGGGGUGAUGCGGCGGUAGGAGAGGAAAAGUGACUUCCGAUUGCUGACCCCCUCCCGCGAUGGUUAUGACUUUCUGUGCGUUCCACCAGGAAGCAUAGCUUAUUUUGUGUUCGGAACGGUAGGCAACAAAACCUAGUUCUUGUCUUCCAUCACCUGAAAGUGUUCGUUGUUGCUUAGAGUCUUAAACGUAAAUGAUUGAAUGUCUUCCGCCUCCAUCGUUCCGGUUGUAUUGAAAAUAAGUGGACUAAACUAAGAUUCCAAUGGAACGGUGAGUUAUGGCAGCUAAAGAAGAUCUCUACACCAAAGUCACCCCGCGAAGACAGCGCCAGAACAGACCGGGGACUGUCAAACAUGGGUCAAAUCUGGACGUACUUCUGUCCAUGGGUUUCGCCAAAACCAGGGCGCUAAAAGCUCUGGUGUCUACAGGGGGCAGGAAUGUCCAGGCUGCUUGUGAUUGGCUGUUCUCCCACGUGGACGACCCGUUCCUGGACGACCCCCUCCCCAGGGAGUACGUCCUGUACCUGCGCCCCAGCGGGCCUCUCCUCCACCAGCUGUCCCACUUCUGGGAGCAGAGCCGCAUCACCUGUGCCAAGAACAAGGCUCACAACAUCUUCCCCCACAUCACGCUCUGCCAGUUCUUCAUGUGUGCUGAUGGGAAGGUUGAGGCUCUGUGCGAGGCCCUCCAGGCCACCGUGAGCCGCUGGAGAGGCCGUUUCCCCGCCCCUCUCCCCCUGGAGCUCUACACCUCCUCCAACUUCAUCGGUCUCUUCGUGGAGGAGCACAUCGCCGAGGUGAUCAAGACCUUUGCAGCCGACUUUGCCACCGAAGCGGAGACCAAAGCUGAUGUCCACGUGGAGCCUCAUAAGAAGCAACUCCACGUAACGCUGGCCUACCACUUCCAGACCAAUCACCUCGCGGCGCUGGAGAAGCUGGCCAAGGGCGUCGACAUCUCCCUGGGCUGCGAUUGGCUGGCUGUGCUCUUCUCUCGGGACAUAAGAUUCGCCAAUCACGAGACCCUGCGUGUGAUGUACCCGUACGUGCCUCAGAACGAGGACGAGCUGGAGCUGGUGUCGGGGGACUUCAUCUUCAUGUCUCCGCUGGAGCAGGGCAGUGCCAGCGAGGGCUGGGUGUACGGGACCUCCCUGGGCUCCGGCAUGUCCGGCCUGCUGCCCGAGAACUACGUGAGCCGGGCCGACGAGUGCGACACCUGGGUCUUCCACGGGUCUCACUCCUUCCUCCACGGUGCCUUACCCUCCAACACCGGAGGGGCGGUCGGUGGGCUCCUGUUUGACGGACAGUUGGACGGCCGUCUCCUUGACGACCACUUGGAUCCGACAGGCCUCGGUGUUCUCUGUCCUCCUGUCCAGACGAUGACACCUAGCUGCCAGUCUGGUCUGGCUAAGAGGAGACUGUUUGUGUGUCGUCAUGGCGAGAGGAUGGAUGUGGUGUUCGGGAAACACUGGAUCACUCAGUGCUUUGAUGCCAAAGGUCGAUAUAUCCGCUCCAACCUCAACAUGCCGCUCAGCCUACCUGCCCGGACCGGAGGCUUCAGGGAAUACGAUAAAGACUGUCCCAUCACAGUGUUCGGAUCCACCCAGGCUCGGCUUGUAGGAGAGGCCCUGCAGGAGAGUCACACAGUAAUAGACUUUGUGUACUGCUCUCCAUCGCUGCGCUGUGUCCAGACAGCUCACAACAUCCUCAGAGGCCUCCAGCUGGAGGGUCAGACUAAGGUCCGUGUGGAACCAGGCCUGUUUGAGUGGACCAAGUGGGUCGCAGGCACCACCCUGCCAGCCUGGAUCCCUCCAGCAGAGCUGGCUGCAGCUAACUUGAGUGUGGACACAACGUACAGACCUCAUAUUCCCAUCAGUAAGCUGGUGGUGUCGGAGCCCUACGACAGCUACAUCAGCCGGAGCUUCCAGGUGACGCGGGAGAUCAUGGCGGAGUGUAAGAACCUAGGAAGCACAGUGCUGAUCGUGGCCCACGCUUCCUCCCUGGAGGCCUGUACGCGCCAGAUGCAGGGGCUCAGCCCCCAGAACUCCAAGGACUUUGUGCAAGUGGUCCGAAAGAUCCCCUACCUGGGCUUCUGUGCGUGUGAGGAGAUGGGUGAGACGGGGGUGUGGCAGCUGACCGACCCUCCCAUCCUCCCUCUGACCCACGGGCCCAAUCACAGCUUCAACUGGAGAGAGACCCUCCUGCAGGACUGAUGGCCACGCCCCUCCCUGGCCACGCCCUGCAGCCUCUCUCUGGAACAAACACAGCGUGACCCUUUCUUCAGCUAAGCCCCCCCCUCCUUUCCCCCCUUUCCCCCACUUCCCCCCCUCUCAGCCCCUCCCAGAAUGCCCCGGCUCACCACCCUAGACACCGUGUGAACACACUCUCAGCUCUGACCUGCUGUUUAACACUGUGUCCCGGCACACUGUUCAUGAUGAAGGAAGAGGUGGAGGUGAUGAUGGUGGUCACAGCACAAAGUACCUUCUAGUGUGAGACGAUGGCAUCUGCAAACCCAACAGGAUGCUUCACAAACACGGCAACCCACGACGCCAGGAGAGGGGGGGAGAGGGGGGGAGAGGGGGGGGGGGGGGAGCUGUGCUGCCUGGAGCCCCUCCCCGCUCUCGGGAGUCUGGCACCAAUGGCAUUCUGGGAGAAAAAAAACAUGGCUGCUUUCUCCUACACUGUGACGGGAGGAGAGCUGCACAAGUCAUCCAGUCUGCCAUGCCUCUAUGUCUCUGUUUAGUUGAGUCAUUUUCACAUGCACAAACCCCUCCCCUGACUAUAAUAGAAAGCACAAAACUAGACCUCAUUGUGACAAUCAGACAGGAGAAGGCUGUGACCUCACCAGGAAACUCAUCCAUACACACCACACUCCAUAUUAGUUAAAUAUUUUGGUAACGCUUAACUUUAAGGUUACAUUACACAACUACCAAAUAACUACACACCAAUAGAUUUAGUAACAACAUAGUAGGUGCAUAGGAAUUGGUAUGUAAUUAACUGUAACUAACUGCAGUUCUUUUCCCAUGCACCUACAACAUUGUCACUAUAGGUAUUGCUAUGUAGUUGGCGGUGUGGUAGUUGAUGUAACCUUGAUAUAGAGUGCUGCUAUGUAGUUACAUGGUAGGCCAUGUAACCUUAAUAAAGUGUAGUCCAUGUUUUAGGAAUUUCUUUCAAAUUUGACCAUGGUCCCUCAAGCUUAAUUCCAACUUUCAAAUUCUCAUAAUCAACAAUGAGUCCAUCUUAAAACUCUAUGAAGUGUAAAAGGUUAGCCUUCCUGUUCUGACGUACCGCUGAACUGAGACUACUGCUUUUUAAUGUUCACUUCGUUCUGUUUUACUAUGUUACUAAACAUUUAUUAAUGUCAUUCAUUUAAGGGUAACAAGUCCAUGUCUGUCAUUGUAGGUGAGGAAAUGACCCACUGAUACAGGCGUUUUUAUUGGUCGGUGGUGUCCAGGUGGGAUGGGAACAGGAAGUGACACGAUCUUGAGAAAUGUGAAGUUACAUAUCAGCUAAUGUCAGA